AUGAGUUCAUGGACAAAAGUCACGACAAGUGUUAUUGCACCAAAUGUCACGCGUCACGCAAUGAGAAGUUGUACUAUACACAGGGAGACCCAGCCAAGGACUAUGCACUCCCAACAGGAUGGUGCCGAUUUGCAUUGAAGAUAACACCUCAAGCAAAAGCCCAUGAAGCUCCUAAGAAAUGGCACGUGGCUUACCAUGGAACCUGCUCAUCUAACGUCAAGUCAAUUCUUGAAUGUGGACAGCUGCUUAUACCAGGCGACACUGCGUUGGGAGGAAAGAGGCUUUCAGAGGUCGAUGGUCAUUUCCACGAUGAAAGGAAGCCCGAGGGAUUCAAUACCAAGCAGGUUUUUGUUUCGCCAAGCAUUCGAUAUUCAGAACUUGAAGUUUACGCCAAGACACAAACAUUUGUACACCCAGAGACGAAGAAGACGUACAAAGCAAAGGUAGCAUUCCAAUUGUGGAUCAGACCUGGA